AGUUGUAAACAGGAGCUGCACAGAUCAAUAAGCAGUACUUGCAGAAAAGUACAAUGGAGAACAUUCAGUCGCAGCCAGAACAAGGAGAGGAAACUCCAGUGGAGCAAAGGAUUUCCAGAAAUUCCAACACAAAUCGGCGUUCACAUGCUCAGAAAUUUCAACAAGCGGGACCUGGAUGUGGGAUUCCACGCCACCACUUGACUGUAGUGGUUCUGGGCCUGCUCAAUGCUGUUCUGCUAAUAGCUGCUGUUGUCAUCGCCAUUUAUUGUGCCAAUGCUAAUGAAGAUCACCUUCAGACUCCUCAUUCAGCGGUUUCAUCCCUCAUCAUUGAGCGUAAUUAUCUCCGCAACCAAAGUGGCAUUCUCAAAGCAGCGCAGGAUGCUGACUCAGCAUUAGUCAGGGAGCAGACGAGGCACGUUCAACUGAAGCUCCAACUGAAGCAGCAGAAGACAGUCAGUGACGUCCUCCAGCGUGAGAUUGAAGUGUUUCAAACAGAAAAGGCUAAUCUCCAGUCUAAAAAAGUCACUCUUGAGGAAAGCUGUAGCAGAUGCCCUUCAGGAUGGACCCUUCUUAAAUCUACCUGCUAUUACUUCUCUCUCUCGGAGCAUGACUCAGAAAAGAACUGGCCAGACAGCAGAGCAGACUGCCUUGGUCGAGGUGGAGACCUCCUCGUGAUUGAUAACUUACAGGAACAGAUACUUAUUAGUGAAAAUGCUCCAAAAACAAGCUCCAGUUCAGGGUUGUGGUGGCAGAAGGGAUACUGGAUGGGCUUGCGACUCAUGGAAUCACAAAGAACAUGGGUGUGGAUUAACAACACGACUCAGACUGAAACAGGGUACUGGAGAAAUGACCAGCCAAGCAGCAGUGGACCUCAGAGUGGGAACUGUGCGGCUUUUUUUUACUAUGCUGAUACCAGGAAAGUAUGGUACAAUGGAAACUGCCAGGAGCACCUGUACAACUGGAUAUGCGAGAUGGCGGCAAAACCUUUUGAGUAGUCUAAAAACAAAAAAUGUUCCAAUAAACAUUACA